UUACAGGCUUGUUCCCUCUAUUCUUAUAUCUCUAUGGUAAAAGGUUUGCAAUUGGCCGGACAAUAAGUGGCCCAUAGCCAUAAUGUGAUGUGAGUGAAGUGAAACGAAGUGAGAUUUGCAAUUCAGCAACCUAUAACCACAAAUGAGCGAAGAGUUUGUUGGUUAUAUUUUAAUUUGAGUCAGUUUGUCAUUUCAUUUGAUUAAUUAUUUACCGCUUUUGUUUUGUUUAUUUAUUCGUCACGACAAAACGAUAUGAAAAAUUCGACGUGUUUAAUUUUUAUAUUUAUAAGGCAAAAUAAAUCUUGAGCAUAAAGAACUCCUUGUGCUGCAAUGUUCAAACGGUCUGAGAAUAUGUUAAUGAACAAUGAUUUUCGUGUGCCUACAAAACGAGCAAAAUUAGACAUUCCCAAGACAAAUCUCCAGUAUGGUAAAAGAUCAGAAAAGGAGGUUUUCAGGAACAAAAAUGCGCAAUAUGAUGAUCUCUGGGGCGAUGAUUUCGCCGAGAAAGACAUCGAGGAGAUGGAUUUCGUUGCUUCUCAAGCAUGUUUAUUGGAAGGCAAUAUAUUAGAUAAUUCAAAAUUUGGAAACAGCUUACAUCCAAUAAAAUCAGAACUUCUAGAGAAACCUGCUGCAACUGCAAGUACAUCUGACUAUAAUGAAGUGUCAAAAGCAAAAUUAUCAGUAUCUUUAGAAAAAUCCAAUGUUUGGCUAAAAAAGGCUGUACAAAGUACUAACCUAGACAGCCAAAUUACAGCAGAUACUGAUUAUUCCCAGUUUAGAAACAAAUUAAUAGACAGAACGGAUCAUAACUCAACUUUUCAAAAGAGGAGUAACUUUACUAUACCUGAUGACAGAGAAUUGGAAAGGUUAAAAAAUGAAAAUAAAAAGUUAUUGAAUGAUUUUAUAACUAAAGAUGGUGAAACGGUAUUUUUACGGCAACAGUUACAACAAAUUCAGUUGAGAUCUGAAAAUGAAAAGUUACAAAAAAUGCAUUUAAUUGAAGAUCAAGCCAAUCGUCACAGAUCAGAAAUCAAUAAAAUUUGUAAAGAAAAGGAACAGUUGAAGACACAGAUAGAAUUACAAGUAAGUACAUGUCUUUGUAUUUAUUGUGCUAUAAAAUUUUCUAUGUAG